AACACGGGUGCCUAUUAGUGGAUUUAGUCAGAGUCUCAGAGACGUAUACACUACAGUGGUGUACACGUAACCGUUUGGCCACUUAAAUAUUCAUAGUUUACGAUUUCAUUCAAAGGGACUUGUGAAGAUGAGGACUCUUAAGAAUAGAAACACAAAAUUCUGUGCUAUGUUUGUAUCGUCACUGGUGAUAUUCUCUUGGACGUAUAUUCAUCGGAACGUCGACUACACUAAUUGUCCUGGUCCAGGGAUUUGUGAAGAUGAGGACACUUAAGAAUAGAAACAUGAAAUUAUGUGCUAUGUUCGUAUCGUCAUUGGUGAUAGUAUCUUGGAUGUAUAUUCAUCGGAACGUCGACUACACGAAUUGUCCUGGUCCAGAAGUGAAAGUAUUUGAACAACAAGGUUUGCAUGGGGUAAUCGUCACUGCAGACCCAGAAAGGAACCAAUUUGCAAAAGAAAGUAGUCAAGAACGAAACUCUAGUGAAGUAUCCAUAAUGAUGUGGAGGGCUAAAUAUGUCCACAAAAUGUGUGAACAGAUUAUCUGGAACGCCUCCUACGUUCAUGCAAGGACUCCCGUCUUCUUUUACUCAAAACCGAAUGGUCUACUUGCCUGUAAGUCACCUAAGACAGGAAGUACGUUCAUGGGUGCAUUGAUCAGGGCGCUCAAUCAGCCCAGUAUUAACAAAGUCUCCGGCAUGUUUCUGUUAGGAAGAAACAAAAUCCAUAAUGGUUUGCACGAAGUAUGGGACAUACUGGCGGCUGAACCAAUCAAACAGUCGACAUUGACAGUGAUGAUAACACGUGAUCCAUAUUCGCGGCUGUUUUCUACUUUUGUAGAUAAAUAUUUCCUCCUAGGACGGCUCGGCAGGGAAUUAGCUACUCACCUCAAACGAGGGUUUAGAGAAGACAGAAACAACGAGUAUUGUGGAUACGAUAUAACGUUCCAGGAAUUUCUGGAUUAUAUUGUGUUUCUAGCUCAAAGUAUGAAGGAGUUAAACGAACAUAUGGUCCCCGUAGCUCAACUCUGUGACGUCUGUAAUAUGAAAUAUGACCUUAUUUGUCGACAGGAGUCUCUGUCGGAAGGUAUAACAGAAGUAUUAAGACUUACUAAGAAUGUAACCAGCAGCAGACUGAAUGCUAUCCGUCAGUCCAUCAAUACUACUUCACCAUACGCAUCAAUGCUAUCUCUGAUUUCCUCGCAAAUAUUUGAUUACAACAACCAUCGUCAAGAUUGUCCUAAUCAAUUGUCUUUUAUGAGAAAAAUGUGGAAAACGUUUCAAGUUCAAGGACUAGUUAAUUCUGUUAUAAAAUUUCCAGAGGAGAUAUUUUCAGGAUUUUUGUUCGUUGAGAAGGAAGCUCAAGCUAUAACUUCUGCCAGUUUACAAGUAAUACAGUCGAAUCCAUUGUCGAAAAAACAACGACAGCAGCAGAGAUUGACAGCUCUGACGAUUGCAUACCGUAAUAUAAGGUGGCAGACUAUUGUCAAUUUACAAAAAGUGUUUAAAUUGGACUUUCUGCUGUUCGGUUACUCAAAUUAUCCACCUAUUAUAUAUAAUAUCACCCGAACAACAAAUGGAUAUAUUUGACAUUUUAAAAUCCAUAUAAUUACAUUUUAUAU